AUGUUUGAAUCUGUUGUGACGGAAUAUCUUGAUAAAACAAAAGGCAAAUACUGGUCAAUUCUCGGCAUUUUAGAAUUUGCGCGAUCGAACACGAACCCCAAAUUAUCCGUGGCCACAAUCGAUGAUUUUAAGGACGAUCUAUUUGCAGUAUUACGAAGUUAUACAAAAAAAUGUAACAUACAUGUAUAUACCAGAAACCGAGCAACGAAGAUUUUAUCUCAGUUUAACUCAUUAUUCUCCACUGCUGAAGUGAAGCAAUUCAUCAAAGAUCUUGAAUAUCACGAAGAAGCGCGACUUAAUGUCACAUCCACAUAUACAGCUACAGAUCAGCAAGAAAAUCAAAAGCUUAUUGAUCAAUUACGAGAAACGGGUAAUAACGAUAAACGAGAACGUGAGAAAGUUGCUAAAUUAUUAGAAUCAGGAAGAUCGUUUGCACAAACAUCAACUGGACAAUCGGAAAUCACAGGCGAUAAAGCUGACAACCAAAAAGAUGAGAAUUACGUAUAUGAAGAUGUGGAAACAAGUCAGGCUAAUAGUGAAGAACCCCUCAAUUGCAAUCUAUUAGCAGAAUCUUCUGGGAAUGACAUCAUAUUUAGGACCUCAUUACAACAGGAGGGAAAGCAAUUUGUUCCUCAAACGGAGGGAUUUAAAGUAGCAAAACGAGGAUUACAGGAUGCAGAGUUUACUAGUAUGCGAACUGUUACGCGAGCUCGAUCGGGAAAAUCACAAACGUUUGAGGAUAAUGGAGAUAUUUUAACUGAUGGUAUCGGUGACGACAAUAGUUAUUUGCAAAAAGCAGUAGAGUCCAUGGUCGGAAAGGUGGAAAGCAGCGCGCUGAUAGUAGAUGAUGUCGAUUUGGAGGAAGUUUUUGAAAAAUACUAUGACGCAUGCGAAAAUAAAUUUGAUGACAUUAUGGAUUUGAGGCCCACCUCACAAUUGACAAAGACUAUUCCAGAAGUAACAUGGGAGAAAUUUAUUUUGAAUACGUAUCCUGAUCAUCAAAUAUCAGAUAAAUGGGAAGAAUCAAUACGAAAUUUCUUCAUGCCAAAAGACACUCUUGUCGAAUGGGAGAAAACUUGGCGCGGACUUUUUGACGAAAAAGAAAGUAACGACGAUCUGGUGAUAAAAGAUGCAUUAUACAACAUACUCUCACCAUAUAUUAAAGCUUUUAAAGCACCGUUUAACAUAUUAAAAUCCAACGAUCUUGAAGAGAAACAAUACAGCUCACAAUUUGUAAUCCCCAUUUUAAAAAACACACUCGAAGCUGUUUGUGAUGUGGAUUGGAGAGAUCUUGAGGUUCCAAUCGGAAGCAGCAAAUAUCGACGUAAUUCUAACAUCAACCCAUUCAUCGAUAAAGUUUUGAGUGCAAAACGUGCGGAUGGCGUAGCUCGCUUCUGGCGAACCCAGGAAGAAAUAUUAAUAUACGAACAAACAGGACCACCAGAUGUUGAUGAUAUCACUGAUUUUUACAUCCACGAUUAUAAGUUGAUUCGGACCAUGCGCGAUGUCCUAAAUCAACGAAUAAUUCUUCGUCUUCACAACGGCAUAAAAGAUUACAAUAACUUGGCGAGUUUUGGGGCUCUGGGGCAUCGCGAUGAAGUCUUUUUGUUUUGGUGCACGAUACACCCGAAAUCAUAUUGCCUACGCGAAUAUGGAAGUUUUCGCAUUCCUGCAACAUGGCAAGAUCUUCCCGUUUUAUCCGAGGCGAUAAUAUUAUGUUUGAAAUAUUUUGUGAGUACCACUUAA